AAUUCAGGAAAUUUGAUAGUCAACAUAAAAAAUGAUAUCAUGAAAAGAUAUCAUAGGAUCAGUCUCAUUGGGUAAGGGAGUUUCGGAAAGGUAUACAAAGUAAAAAAUCAAGCAAAUGAAUUAAGAGCUCUGAAAAUAAUCGCUAAGAAGGACUUCACAGAUCAGAAUGAGAUCGAGAAUAUGAAAAAGUUAGAUCAUCCUAAUAUUAUGGCUGUAUAUGAGAUAGCUCAGGAUGAAAAUUGUUAUUAUAUUGUAAGUCAGCUAUGUGAAGGGAUUGAAUUAUUCGAUGAGAUCCACAAAAGAAUAAAAUAACAUUAAAUCUUUUCUGAAGAAGAAGUGAGAUACAUCUUCAAGUAGAUCUUGAGUGCAAUCGCAUAUGCUCACGAGAAAAAUAUCAUGCAUCGUGAUAUCAAACCCGAAAACAUCCUCAUUGAUCCAACUGAUUAACAUAUAAAAAUUAUAGAUUGGGGAUUGAGCAAAGACAUGACCAAUAUUGUAUCAAUCAAAUAGAAAAUAGGAACUAUUGAUUAUGCAGCUCCAGAAGUUCUCCAAGAAAAAGAGUAUGAUCAGAAAUGUGAUCUCUGGUCGUGUGGUGUUAUUUUAUACAUUCUACUCUCUGGCGAAGUCCCCUUUCCAGGAGACAACACAGGAGAAAUAGAGAAGAAGAUUGUUUCCUCUAAAAUCAAUCUGAAGUAGAAAGUUUGGAAAACAAUUUCGGAUGAUGCUCAGAAUUUAUUAAAGAACUUGUUAGAACCUGAUCCUACAAAGAGAUUUAGUGCUUAAUAAGCAUUAUAAAGUGAGUGGAUCCAAAAGUAGAGUAAGUCAGUUACAAAAGAAGUAUCUUCUUAAGAAAUGUAAUAUAGACUUCAAAAAUUGUCCAGAUUUUGUUGUGAGAGUAAGAUGGUCUAAGCCACCUUCCAUUUAAUGAUCUAACAAAAUUUGACUCAAGAAAAGUAUAAGUAGUUGAGACAAACCUUUUAGGAACUCGAUAAGAAUGGUGAUGGAAAAUUGAGUAUGGAAGAAUUAAAAGCGUACUGUAGUGAUGAUAUCGAUGUGGAGGAUUUAUUCAACAGAGUAGACACCGAUAAAAAUGGGUAUAUAGAAUUUACAGAAUUCUUGACAGCAGCAGUAGACAUGAAAAAGUUAGCAUCUCAUGAUCAUCUCAAAGAAGCAUUCAGUUUGUUGGAUCAAAAUGGAGAUGGGUUUUUGGAAAUUGAUGAGAUUAAAAAAAUUUUUAAUGGUAAAAUCUAGGUUUAAGACGAAAAUUAAUGGGAUCAAUUACUCUAAGAAAUGGACAAGAAUAGUGAUGGCAAAAUAUCAUUAGAAGAAUAUUAAGAAGCCAUCUCUAAAUUUAUUGACAACAAUCAACCGUCAUCAAAUUUAGCUAGUCAAAAUCCAAAUCCUGAACCAGAACCAAAUAUCACAAAAAAAGUUAAGUUAACUGAGUCCACUUACUAGUUAAGGAAUAGGUAAAUUAAUUGAUUUUAUAUUAUUAUAUUGAUAAAUUGGUUUCACUAUAUGAAAAAGACUUAUAACUUAAAAAUUGAAUUAAAUAGCUCAAGUUCUUCGGAGAGAACUUCCCCUUACUUAGACAGUGAUGGCUAGUAUAAUAUUCAUAAGCUAUUCAAGGGAAUAUUAUGAUUAUUUUGAUGUAAUUAAAAUUGAUAAUAUAACUUAUGGUGAAGUCAGUGCUAAAAGAUGUGGUAGGAUCACUAUGGAAGAUAGGGUAUAUCAUAAUUGGAAUAUCUCACUAGUUUUAAGCAAUUGCGGACUUUGAUGGAAAAUAAUAGUAAUUUUAUUUUGGGGUCUUUGAUGGUCAUGGGGGGUCUUAUGUAGCCAAGUUACUUCGAGAACAACUGCAUUCUCAUUUAAAAAAUAAUAAGUUUUUCAAUAUUGAUAUUGAAUAAGCUAUUUUAGAAAGUAUUCAUCAAUUUAUAUUUCUCCAAAAUUAGGUUUUAAUUAAAUGAAUAUUGAUAUUCUUAAAUAAUAACAUCUGUUGAUGAAAGAUGGAGGUUCAACUGCUUUGUGUGUUAUCAAUGUAGGUAAAGAGUUAUUUGUAAUCAAUGUUGGUGACAGUGCCUGCGUAUUAAUUGAUAAAGAUUUCUAAAUAACUAAAUUAAAUUAGGAACAUAAGCCUGAUAGAUUGGAUGAAUCAAAAAGAAUUACAGACAACAAUGGAUUCGUUUUGACCAUUAAGUAUAAACACAAUUAAAAAGAAAUUAGGCUAGAAUUAAUGGUGAAUUGGCAGUGAGUAGAUCAUUUGGUGAUCCAAAAUACAUAGAACAUGGAUUAACUGCUAUUCCUGAAAUCACCAAGUUGCAAUUGAAUGAGAACUCUAAAUAUUUAAUUCUAGCCACUGAUGGAUUUUGGGAUGUGAUAACUAAUCAAAUUCUCCAAAAGUUGCUGAUAAAUUGGGACAACUUUAAAGAAAAAGAAGGUUUAUCCCAAUAUUUACUGGAAUCAGCCUUAAAAUAACAGACUAAUUAUAAAAAAGACAAUAUGACAAUCAUCAUCAUUGAUUUAAUUAUUUAUUUCAAUAAAUUAUAAUGA